GUGUGUGUGUUUUUAUACGUAUUCACAUACAUACAUAUAUACACAUAUAUAUUAUACAUAUAUCCUUCCGCAUUAUGUUAUUACUGUUAGAUUAAAAUAAAGAUACAUUCAUUGUAAGAAUCAAAUUAUAUUUCUGAUACAUUAUGUCGUUUACCAAAUUCAUUGUAUAAAUUUCACAGAUGUGAAUUUCGCAUAUGUGAAUUUGCAAAGACUACGUGAUUGUUUAAAGAAAAAUUCGAAGAUUGCACAUCAGCAAACUUCACGGUUAAACAGCUAAAGGAUUUGCCUCCCUGUAAAACAAUUUUUGACAUAACAUUUUCGUAAAAUUAACAAGUAUUUAUAUGGAAGAAAUGGCAAAGCCAAUAUUGCCAUGCACAUACGAAUUUUCCAGAGGCUAUGGCACUGGCGUGGCAGAAGCGCUUGGAAAUUGGGGCUUCUCUAAUAGAAUAUGUAGCGAAGGCCAAGAGCUGCAACGUUUAAAGUGUCUCUUUGCAGAGAUGGAUUCCUUACGCAGUCCGAAUAAACCGAUUAUGUGCGUCAAGUAUGAUCCCAGAUACGAUCCUGAGUCUUGGUAUGUUAAGCCUAGUGAAUGUAAGCCAGCAUGGACAUGUCCCAAAAAGAGGCCCUUGAUCACGUAUUGUUCAACUGUCACGAUUUUAAAAAUUGCCAAUUUACGUGAAAUCAGAUGGGAUCCUGGCUAUCCUAACCGUAGCCACAUCGAACAGGGUACAAACAAAUGGUAUCGUCAAAGGUCAGAUUGUUGCUAUCAACCUAUCUGUCUAGUCCCGUAAUGUCCUGUACGACACUGUUGAAAGAUCAAAUUCUUGUAAUUCUAAUAUGAUCGUUUGUAAUUGUAUUUAAUCGUAACGUCAGAUUAAAUAUAUUUCUGGUCUUUUUCUCACAUUAAAAUGACAAUACAAUGUUUAUUGUAUUCCGAAAUGUAUGUGUAUAAAAAAAAUAUCAGUGAUAGAGGAAUUGAGGUAUAAGGAUAACGAGGUAUGGGUAAUGAUAGAAUGAAAUUACUAAAAAUAUACAUCUGAGAGCAAUGA